AUGGCCGCAGCGCUCAAUGGAAAGUACGAGCUGGUAUCACAGGAAAACCUGGAGGGAUAUCUCAAAGCUUUAAAUUUAAACAUCGCUCUGCGGAAGAUUGUCGUACUUCUGCGGCCAGAGAAAGAGUUUAAAGUGGAGGGUAACCAUAUAAUUAUCCGAACGAUCAGCACCUUCCGGAACUACAUAAUGGAUUUCACCUUGGGGGAAGAAUUUAAAGAAGACCUAGGUCCCAUAGAUGGACGAAUCUGCAAGACCACUGUGUCCUGGGAAGGUGAUAAGCUGGUGUGUGUACAGAAGGGUGAGGUGCCAAACCGUGGCUGGAAGCAGUGGCUGGAGGGAGACGUGUUGUAUGCGGAGCUGACGGCGAGGGAUGCAGUCUGUGUGCAAACCUUCCGCAGAGUAUAAUGUGGAGAAGACUGUGACCCUGCAUCACAAGUAGAAAUAUGUUUUCACGUAAUUGUUAUCAGCACUCUUCAUAUUACUGCUGUUAUAUCAUUAGCAAAAACUGAUCCAGGAAUAGGACCAGGGUACGAUGGGUGACCAGAGAGGUACUGUCUACAGAGGGUGGACCUGCUGCCAUAACAGUCUAUCUCUGUGAAACUACAACUCAUUUAUUGAUUGUGUAAACCUGGGUGAUGAAAAAAUAAAAGGGGCCUUCCAUUUUCUCUGUAAGUAAAGCUUAAAGGGGUAUUUCCAUGGUAUAUUGCUAGGAUAUGUCCUGGGACCUGCUCCUAUCUCUAGAAUGGGUUACUCAAAAUGAAGUAGUGCACACCAUGCAAGUGUGGCCACCAACCUCUGUUCACCGCUAUGGGAGUUCUGAAAAUAGCCGAGAGUUGGCUCCUCUUUAUUUGGAACGCCCAUAGAAGAGAAUGGGCUGUGUGCUGUCCUUCACUUCAGGGGCCCAUUCUGGAGCUGGUCACCGAGGUCGGACCUGCAUCUAUUUGACAUAGACGGCAUAUCCUGGAGAUAUGCCAUCAAUGCAAAUAAAAUAAAAUUGGGGCUUAGUCAGCACAUCCCAGUGCACAGGUGCUGGCUAAAAGCAUAAAAGCAACAACAAACACAAUGCAACAGCACUUUGCAAACACCUAUAAUAAAGUACAAUCGUGUCAUAUUCAGUAGAAAACGUACUAAUGCUACAUUAUAAAUGUGAGAUUCUUGGGAAGUACAUUGUGAACAAAAUCAUUUGUGCCUGUCCGCCAACGUUAAAGCGAUCUCAAUAGAACAGGACCUACACUAAAUACUACCUCCUCUGGUGCCAUACCGGCCUCCAUUAAAUUCAGGAAAUGCAGGUUCCACAUGCAUGCUGAGCCCACACUGUAUUCCACCUCUCCUAGUGCCAAAUGGCCUCCAAUAAAUUUAGGGAGAGCAGGCUGCAGCUUUAUACUUGCACUAAUUAAAAUCAACCUGUUGGACGGACAGGUUAAUCAGGAGUGCACGACCAAUGGAGUCUGCCACACGUCCAGUACAGACUGCAAAGAAAAUAAAAUUGGUGGUUAGUCAGCACAUCCCAGUUUGCAGGUGCACGUAACCAUGGCUGGAAGCACAAAAGCAAACAACAAACACAAUGCAACAGCACUCUGCAUACACAAAUAACAAAGUAAAUACAAUCAUACUCACUGUAGGAAAUGUAAAAUGCUAAUGCUACGUUAUAAAUGUGAGAUUCUUGGCAAAUACAUUGUGUGCAAAAUUAUUUGUGCCUGUCCGCCAAUGACAAGGCGAUCUCUUUAGGACAGGAACCUAACACUAAAUAUCACAUUCACUGGUGCCAUACUGGCCUCCAUUAAAUUCAGGGAAUGCAGGUUCCAUAUGCAUGCUGAGCCCACACUGUAUUAUACCUCUUGUGGUGCCACAAUGGCCUCCAUUAAAUUAAUUUAUAAUGCAGCAUUAGCUUUUUACAUAUUUGUUUUAUGGCACUGUUGCAUUCACUUUGUUAUUUGUGUUUGCAGAGGGCUGUAGCAUUGGUGCUUUCAUGCUUUCAGCUCCUGCACACUGGGAUGUGCUGACUAACCCCCAAUUUUAUUUUCUCUCUCCCUAUAUUUACUGGAGGCCAUUUGGCACCAGGAGAGGUAUAAUACAGAGUAGGCUCAGCUUGCAUGUGUCACCUAAAUUCCCUGAAUUUAAUGGAGGCGAGUAUGGCACCAGCAGAGGUAGUAUUUAGUGUAAGCUCAUGUCCUAGAGAUCGCCUUGACGCUGGCGGACAGGCACAAGUAAUUUUGUACAAAAUGUAUUUGCCAAGAAUCUCAGCAUUAGUAAAUUUUCUAUAGUGAGUAUGGCACAAUUGUAUUUACUUUAUUUGUGUUUGCAGAGCGCUGUUGCAUUGUUUGUUUUUUGCUGAUAUGCCAUCAAGGUUUGAGGUGGGAACACCCCUUUAAUCAUUGAACAAGAAAGAGUCCUGCAAGAUAAAACCUACAAGAAGGAGGCCAGAAGGACACCUGACCCCGGGAUGCCCAUAUGAUGGGGACAAGCUUGUCCCUUGGGGAAGCAAACCCUUUCUUAACCAACUAUCUGGUAGCAGCAAUGGUUCCCUUUCCAUUGAAAAAAACACAUAAUUUUGUUCAUUCUGCCCCCCCCCCCCCGUAACUUUUGCCACUUUAGGCAGCCACUCUCAGGGCCCUAGUGGUAAUGUUGGCCCUGCCUUUCAGAGGUAAACAUAUGAUACAUUGUAACAAAGACAGAAGGGAUAUAUAUCUUUACAGAAGAUUGGAAACUUUAGUAUCAAUCUCUCCGCUGUGAGAAGCCUCAGAUCUGGACAGGAUCCCAGCCACUGGAUGCAAACAAGAAUGUUCCAUUCACUGACAGCAAUCUUGACAAUCUUUGCAGAACUCUUCAUUUAUUGUUACAAUUAAGAUUUAUUGCUAUAAGAGUGGAAAUAAAAUGUAAUAACAUGAAUCACUCUUGAAUUACUUGGUGAAAUGUUUUAAAUAAAAGUCAUGCGUAAAUCGUCA